AAUCUUGCUUUUUCAAACUACUGAUUGCUUUAUUCCGGACGCAGAAAAAAAGUAAGGAUUAAUUAAUUUUUUAAAUUUCCGUGAAUAAAAUGAGGAAUAAAAAGAUCUACAUGACGAAUGUACUAAUAUGAAAUAAGUAUAAAAGGCAGGUUUAUGAACAACGCAUAAAGAAUUUACAGAAUACAAUUUGCGUAUGAGUAUAUGCGGAUAAAGCGAUAAAAUAAAUAAAAAAGAUACUCUUAAAUAUAAUUUAAGGGAAAGUGUACAUAUAAAAAUAUUUACAUUGCAACUAGAAGGCUGAAAAUUUUAUAAUUCAUGGUAAUAUUACGGAAGCGAGAGAGGAUGAUAAUAAAAGAAGAAAAUAUAUUAUUACGGAUAUAGUGGAGACAACGGAUAAGUCAACACAACCAAAUAUAAGCUGAAAAAAGAGACUGACUAACACAUUAAGCUUUUUAUGGAGUCUAAGUAGAGUCUAAGACCAAAAUAAAUCAAAAUCAAAAUUUAGUUAAUGGGAAAGUAAAAAGACACAGGCCAAGCCACAACUGAUCGCACCUUUUUUCAAUAUUCUGAAAGUCAUUUGCUAAAGCGACACUGCAUUUAAAAAUUCGGUGUUUUUGUAAAAUAAAGUUACAAUAAACAAAAUGUUAAAUCAAUUUAAAUGUCUUGAAGCUACUUCUACUGUAAUUAACAAUAACAAUCAAACGAUGUCAACGACCGGCAAUAGCGCUAAUACAAAUGAUUCUAGCAGCUGUGAACUGCCUUAUCCAAAACUAAUAAAAACAGAGCCUAUUGAUUUAGAAAUGACAUAUGUUGAACCAAAUGACUUAAAGCAAUAUCGCCUGGACAACGUUAUAGAAAAAAAUGUAAUGAAGGAGCAGAAUGUCAGUGAUACUACACCUAAAUCCCUCUCUUCUACGAAAAUUAAUUACCAACAUGUGCAGAUACAAACAGUGCAACCAAGACAGCCUGGGAUUGGUUUAACCAACACAAAUACUAUGCAAAAGAUUAUUUUAACUCCACGAGUAGAUUUCGUUCAACGACCUACUUCCACCAGUAAUAUAGAAGGUGAAGGGGGUACAAUUAUAAGACAUGUUUACUCACCACAAUCCAACACAAGGGAUCAAACUCAAUCGCAGCAAACCGUUACCAACACAAGUGCACAGAUUGUACAACGCGUUUCCCAAUCCGAGCAACAAGAUUCUAUUGCUGCACCGCAAAUUAUUAUAACUCGAUCUUUGCCUAUGCAACGUCGGCAUUCUGGUAGUCCUUCACAUUAUCAGCGCAAUGCUCCCAACACUUCGAAUUCUGUACUCACUUCUUCAUCCUCCUCUCAGCAGUCUCUUCAAGAGUAUGCUUCACACCGUUCGCCACAACCAUCUCCACCUCCGUUGUUGCUACAGCAACAUGUUCGGGUUAUAAGAGAUGGUCGAUUGCACGAAGAAACGGCGUCCGGAUCGGUUGUGACAUCUCGUCGUUCGGUUUCCCCUCCUCCGUUAUUACAUCAUCACCAAUCGCGUUCUGCACCUGUUUCUCCGGUAGUAACGCGACGUUAUUCUAUUUCACCUCACACCACACCUGCAUUAUCCCUAUCGCAACAAAAAUCAUCUGAAAAUCAUCAGCGGCAUUCACAACUUGUCAUAAACAAUAGUAAACCACAGAUAUCCGACAUUUCAGGACAAUAUCAGGGCCAUAUACUGCAUUCACCUCCGCUGCCACCGCCUCCACCACCUCCACCGCCGCAACAGAUAUCAUCAGCAAUAGCUGCUACGACGCCAUCCACCCAAAUAAUGAUCAAUACUCCUUUGGGCACAAAUGGCCAGCAACAUCAGCAGUACGUUUUAUCAUCAUCUGCCCGGAAAUACCUCGUUACAACAAGCACUCGUCAGUCAUGUUCAAUGUCUGUAACGAGUUCUCCUCGUCAACAACAGCACAUUCAUUUUGCUCAACAAAAACAUCAGCACUCACAACGAUAUCAUCAAGAGGAAAAUACUUUAUCUCAAGCGGUACCGGCUGCGUCAUCUUCAAUGUCUACCCUCACACGAAACUUUCGAAUGCCUGUGGUUACCAGUAGUAUUAGAAGCAAUAACAAUAACAGCAACGAUCUUCAUUUUCAAAAUCACAGCAACACUGCCAUGCGUCCACCGCCUCCGCCGCCACCAAAAAUCAAAAACACUUCCUCUUCUUCCGGUUUGCCCAGUAGCAGCAGUGGGGCUGGCACCACUUUAAGUUGCGCCAGUAGUGAAGAGCCAUCCAGCUCGAUUCCGGAUUUAGGUAAGUUUUAGUAAUAUACAUAUAUA